AUGAAGGCACUAGUAGCUUUAAUAUUGCUCAUUCAGCUUCCAAUUCACAAAGCUGCACCAGCAGCUCCCCCUGCUCCCUUGGGCUGUGAUGACCCAGAAGCUGAAGCAGCAGCUGAAGUGGCUGUGAGUUAUAUUAAUGGCCACAGUCAUCACGGAUACAAGUUUGUCUUAAACAGGAUUGAGAAUAUCCACGUGCUACCGCAGCUGCCAAAUAAUGACAUAAUAUUUCUUGAACUUGACUUAUUGGAGACCACAUGCCACAUUCUCAGCCCUACGCCUCUUGCAAAUUGCACAGUAAGGAGCUUCACAGAACAUGCAGUGGAGGGUGACUGUGAUGUCAAACUGCAGAAAGUGAAUGGAAAGUUUUUUGUACUUGCUAGUAAAUGCCACUCACAUGCAGACUCAAGCGAAGACAUCCUCCAGCUCUGCCCUGACUGUCCACUGCUGGCCAGGCUGAACGACACCGAGGUAGUAACCACCGUGACGGCCGCGCUCAACGACCACAACAGCAAAACUGCCGGGCCUCAUCUCAGGCUCCUGGAGAUUGGGAGAGCCAAAAUACAGUAUGUACCAGCGCAUAUUGUCUUUGUCGAGUUUGCUGUGGCUGCCACGAACUGCUCAGCAGAAGAAGCUAAAGAGAAUGUGGAAGCCUGUCAACUGCUACCUGACGAUCAGUCUAAUUUUGGUUUCUGCACAGCAACAAUGGUAACACGCCCCUCUCAGGACCUCACCGUGAACUGCAAGCUCUAUGGACAUCAGCCUGGAGUUACCUACUCUCUGCCAGGUCAAGAUACAUCAGCAGGACUGGUACCCAGUGUUGUACAAGGCUUCACAAACCAUAAUCUCAGAUUUUCCCACAAUAACCCUGUUGCAUCUGAAUCCAUCUCUUCAGAAUUUUCUGCUUCCAUGCUCUCAGCAAAAUCUGUAGCAAAGAGAGCAGUUGCAGAGGUUGCUCAACAUGACAAAGUACCUCGCCCAGUUGGCUUUGUGCCUCCUCCUCCCCCAUGCCCUGGGAAGAUUCGCCAUUUCAAGAUAUAG